CGCCGUUUGAACAAGCGUUUCUAUUUUGUUUUGUUUACUUUCAUAGCCUACCAAAAUGCCUAGUUGGAACAAAGUCAUCAGCCAUCCAUUGUUUAACAUGGUCUUUUUCUUUGGUGUUCGCCAAGUAACAAAGCUUUUUGAUCUCGACAAUCCUCGCUACAUUAGCUUGAUUCGUAGUUUCUACCUGGGAUCUCAAUUUGUCAUCAUUCUUUUGAGUUUCUACCUUUUGUCUGUCAUCAAGAAUAAAAAUGACACAACUGUUUUACGCUAUGUUCAGCCUGGAUCCAAGCAGUGGGAUGGCAAGCAAACACCCGAUAAGUUAGUUGAGACCACUAAUAUGGAAUAUGACAUUGCUGAUGUCAAGAAACAAUUGAAUCAAGGUUUCACGGGUCUCGCAGUGGUUGCUUUUCUCCAUCUCAAAUUUGGCUAUGUGCAACCAUUGAUCAUUCAAAGUAUCUUGGGUUUUAAAAAUUUCUUCAUGACCAAAGAAGCACGUAUCCAUCUCUUUCAUGCUAACACUAGUACUGGUGAACUUCGUCGCCCUUUCCGUAUCGAAGGGCCUUUAGGAACCGCAAAUGAAAAAUCGCAACCAAAAACUGAUAAAGGAUCGAUUAAGCGCGUUGAAAAGGCACUUAAAGCUCAAUAAUAAAUUAACCAAUAAA